GCGGAUAUAUAACCCAGUGGGACCGGCUAACCAGUACAUUGUACCAUCAAACAUCGUCGUGAAAAGAUCCAAGCAAAAGCUUUCUUUAAACAAACAACAAUGAAGUGCCUGAUCGUUCUCGCUGCCCUGAUUGCCGUUGCGGCCUGUGCGCCCCAGGGUGACAUCGCGCUGCGCAACCUGGACAUUGACCAUGCCGGCCUGGUGGACGGUUCGUACAGCUUCAGCUACGACCAGACGGACGACCACAAGCGCGAAGAGUCGGCCGUGCUGAAGACGGUGAAGAACUUCGACAACGAGGAUGUGCCAGCGCUCACCAUCACCGGCCAGUACGAGUUCACCGAUCCGGACGGCAAGCGCUACCUGGUCAAGUAUACGGCCGAUGAGAACGGAUUCAACCCGACGAUCACCGAGGCCUAAGCGCGGCGCACUGUACCACCAUUUCUGUUGUCCGUGUUUGUCGUGCCAGGUGCUGGUUUCUUCCUAGAAGAUCGCCACCGUUCGCCGACCGUACUCAAAGUACUGCACGGCGAACGUUAAAACAAGCAGAUGUUGAAGUAGCAGCCGACACAAACACACAAAUCCAGUGAAGAGAGUUUGUAAAAUUGAUGUGAAAUAAUACAAAAAAAGUUUAAAAUUUCUCAAAAAAAAAC